GGGCGGCGCUGAGGGGAGGCGGCCGGAGCGCGGGGCCGAGCCGGGCCGGGCUGAGCCAGGCGCAAAAUGGCGGACAGGUUCUCCCGCUUCAACGAGGACCGGGACUUCCAGGGCAAUCACUUUGACCAGUAUGAAGAAGGGCACCUGGAGAUAGAGCAGGCAUCUCUCGACAAGCCCAUAGAAUCGGAUAAUAUUGGACACCGCUUACUCCAGAAACAUGGGUGGAAGCUGGGCCAGGGAUUGGGAAAGACACUGCAGGGGAGGACAGAUCCCAUCCCUAUCGUUGUCAAGUAUGAUGUCAUGGGCAUGGGGAGGAUGGAGAUGGAGCUCGACUAUGCCGAGGAUGCCACGGAGCGGAGGCGGGUGCUGGAGGUGGAGAAGGAAGACACUGAGGAGCUGAGGCAGAAAUACAAGGAUUAUGUGGAUAAAGAAAAGGCAAUUGCCAAGGCUUUGGAAGACCUCAGAGCAAACUUCUACUGUGAACUCUGUGACAAGCAGUACCAAAAGCAUCAGGAGUUUGACAACCACAUAAACUCCUACGAUCAUGCUCACAAGCAGAGGUUGAAGGAUCUCAAGCAGAGGGAGUUUGCUCGCAAUGUCUCCUCAAGGUCACGAAAAGAUGAGAGGAAGCAGGAGAAGGCCCUUCGGCGUCUGCACGAGCUGGCUGAGCAGAGGAGACAGCCUGAGUGUGCCCCAGGAAGUGGACCCAUGUUCAGAACCACCACGGUGGCCGUGGAUGAGGAAGGGGGGGAGGAGGACGAGUCUGCAGCCAACAGCAGUUCUUUCAUCCAGAUAACUUCUGGGCAAGCUCCAGAGAUGACUAUGGACAGAGGUUUCCUCAACACUGGACAAGUGGGUGGCCCUGUUACGCCUGCCCAGCCAGGACAGGGUAUCAGCUUUGGCUUGAAGAGCACUUUGGGGACUCCACUCCAGAAGAUCGGGGUGUCCUUUUCCUUUGCCAAGAAGACCCCGGUAAAGCUCGAGACCAUCGCUUCUGUCUUCAAGGACCACGUGGAAGAAUCGAGUUCUGCAGAUGGAGGAAAAGCUGAUGAGAGAGGGUCCUCAGAUGCAGGGAACCUGCAGAAAUCUGGUGAGGGUGAAAGCACAAAUAAUUCUGAUGGCAAGGCAGAGGAAGAUGACCAACAUGACAAAGACAGUGGGUCUCUAGCCACUACCUUAUCUAAACUCAAAAAGAUGAGACGAGAAGAUGGACCAAUGGCAGUUGAACCAGAAUACUACCACUAUAUUCCCCCAGCCCACUGUAAAGUGAAGCCUAAUUUUCAAUUCCUGCUUUUCAUGAAGUCCACCGAACAAGUGGAAGCUGAAAAUGUGAACAAAAAAAACACAAAUGAAGUUAAAAAGGGAAACUCUCCAAAACCCAAACCUGGCAAGCACACUGAGAAGGCCGCAGAGAGCACGGGGCAGCAGAAGGAGCAGAGCACGACUGAAGCUGCAGCUCAGCAGAGCAAAGCAGAGCCCCAAGAAGUCCCAGAAAAUGUGAGUGUGUCGGAGAGCAAACCCCUCACAGAGAGCAAUCUCCCUGAGCCAGACACCACUAAGGAAGCCCCUCAGCCUGUCCCAAGCUGUAAAGAUGUCACUGAAGGACCAAAGCAUCCCACAGGACCAUUUUUUCCUGUUUUGAGUAAAGAUGAGAGCACGACUCUCCAGUGGCCUUCAGAGCUUCUCAUCUUUACCAAAGCAGAACCAUCUGUUUCCUACAGUUGUAACCCCCUGUAUUUUGAUUUCAAGAGCUCUCGCAACAAAGAUGCUAAAGGUAAAGGGGCAGAGAAAUCCAAGGAGCCGGGGGGGCUUUGUAAGGAAAAUGUUCAGAGCGUGGAAUCUGGGGAGCACAGUAAAGCCAAGGAGGCAGAAAGUGCAGCUAACAGUUCUGCUCUAAAAGUGGAAACCAAAUCCCUGUCCACCUGUGGGUCCCAGAACAAGCAGGACUCCAGUUUGGCAAGUGGGGGUAAAGGAGAAGGAGAGGACAGUGGUAAAAGCAUAACUGGGAAGAGUAAAUCUGGAAGAUCUCAUAAACACAAAAAGAAAAAGAAGCACAAAAAGUCCAGCAAACACAAACGUAAACACAAGGAGGAAGCUGACGAGAAGAGCCGGAAAACUGACCUGGGGGAAGAGAAACCCAAGAAACGGAAAAGGCACAGACACAGAAAAGGCAAAUCUUCCCUGUCGACUGAGUCGGAGCGGGCGCUGAAAACAGAACUGGCUGAAGAGUGUGGCCAUUUCCAGAAGAAAAAGUGGGGCUCCCAGGAGGCCCAGAGGAAGUCUCUGUCUGCGGAAGAGGGAAGCAGCGGGAAAAAAGAGGAUGGUGGCAACUCCUGCCCAGAGCACGGCAGCAAAAAACACAGGGCUGAGCUGCAGCAGGUCCCUGCUUCCAGGAGACGGUGCCUGGGCCCGUCCCUGGGCAGGAGCAGCCGCAGGAGCCGGCAGAGCAGCAGGGACGAGGACAGCGAGGAGGGGUCCCCGGGGCAGGAAUCCCCCUCCCACUACAGCGAGGACUACGAGUCGGGCAGCGAGGGCUCCCGGAGCCGCUCCCGCUCGGGGCGCCGGCGCUCCUCCCGCAGGUCCUACUCCAGCAGCUCCGACGCCUCCUCUGAGCAGAGCCGGUACAGCCGGCGGAGGAGCUACUCGGAUGACAGCUACAGCGACUACAGCGACCGCUCGAGGUGCCACUCCAAGCGUUCCCACGACUCGGAGGAUGACUCCGACUACAACAGUUCCAAUCACAGAUCCAAGAGGCGCAAAUAUUCCUCCUCGGAGGACGACUACAGCUCCAGCAGGAGCAGGUCGAGGAGUCGAAGCAGGAGCCGGACUCACCCUCGAGACAGGUCGAGGUCGAGGAGCCGGGGCAGGACGCGCAGCAGCAGCUGCAGCCGCAGCCGGAGCAAGAGGAGGAGCCGCAGCUGGAAGCGGAGCCGCAGCUACAGCCGCGACCGCAGCCGCAGCACCAGGAGCCACUCGCAGAGAUCCCUGUCACGGAAGGGCUCUCGAGGCCAUGAGAGCCCCGAGGAGAGGAGGCCUGGGAGAAGGGACUUCAUCAGGUCCAAAAUCUAUCGCUCUCAAUCUCCUCACUAUUUCCGGGCAGGCCGGAAUGAGGGAGCAGCGCUGAAGAAAGAGGAUGGUAAAGGAGAGGAUCUGAAGGGAUCGGGAUCGUUGUCCCACAACAGCAGCAGCUCCGGCACUGGGAGGAUCUCGGAAGGCGAGUGCAGUCCUGAGGAGAGAAACUCCGUCACUGCAAAGCUCCUCCUGGAAAAGGUUCAGUCCAGGAAGGUUGAGAAGAAGCCCAGUGUCGCUGACGAGAUGCUGGCAGGGCCCAACAAGGUGGGCAUAAAGCUCAAAGAUCCACCCCAGGGCUACUUUGGCCCCAAACUUCCUCCUUCCUUAGGUAACAAACCGGUUCUCCCCUUAAUUGGGAAACUGCCAACGGUUCGAAAACCCAACGCAAAAAGGUAUGAAGAGUCUGGCUUGGAGAGGGGAGAGGAGCAGGAGCUGUCGGAUUCUGAGGAUGCUUCCCAAGGCAUGGAGGAGGGGCAGUUGGCUGGCCAGUCUCUCCUGGAAGAAGUGGCUCUGGCCAUGCAGGACAAACCUCUGGAUGAGCAGAAACGUGAUGAACCUGCUGUGGAAAUGCCGCCCAUUCCCCUGGAAGCACCGGCGCUCCCCGAGUGCUUUGCCUCUGGAGAUCUGGUCAUGCCACACAACUUCCUCUCGGAUCCCCGCGACGACGAUGGGCUGGAACCCAUGGAUGGGGGUAACCAGCCUGUCCCAGUGGAAACCAGUAUGAUGCCCUUAGUUCCAGAUGUUGAGCACUUUCCAGGCUACGUGCCUCAGGGUGGGGAGCCGAGCAUGGAAGGGGAUCGGGAAGGAGGAGAAGACUCUUCCCUAGCACCACUGGAGAGCCAGCCCAUCACCUUCACCCCCGAAGAGAUGGAGAAGUACAGCAAACUGCAGCAAGCUGCUCAGCAGCACAUCCAGCAGCAGCUCCUGGCAAAGCAGGUGAAGGCCUUCCCUGCCUCGGCCGCCCUGGCCCCGGCAGCCCCUGCCCUGCAGCCCAUCCACAUCCAGCAGCCGGCGGCGGCCUCGGCCACCUCCAUCACCACGGUGCAGCACGCCAUCCUGCAGCACCACGCUGCCGCUGCCGCCGCCGCCAUCGGCAUCCACCCCCACCCGCACCCGCAGCCCCUCGCCCAGGUCCAUCACAUACCCCAGCCCCACCUGACGCCCAUCUCCUUAUCCCACUUGACCCACUCGAUUAUUCCAGGCCAUCCUGCCACCUUUCUAGCCAGCCACCCCAUCCACAUCAUUCCGGCCUCGGCGAUUCAUCCCGGCCCCUUCACGUUCCACCCGGUUCCUCACGCUCUCUACCCGACCCUCCUCGCCCCCAGACCCGCUGCCGCCGCGGCCGCCACGGCCUUACACCUCCACCCUCUGCUGCACCCCAUUUUCUCAGGACAGGACUUGCAGCACCCACCCAGUCACGGCACAUGAAGGACAAAAAAAUGAAGUAACCUCGGAGGAAGGAGAAUUAUUUUGCGUUUUUGGGAAGGGGGUUGAAGUUGAUCCAAGUUGGCAGGCGAGGCUGGAGAAUUUCCUUUCACUCUUUAGCAGCCAAAGAAGCCAGAGGCUAGAGGGCUGGGUAGCAGCAGGUGGUGGGUCACUGUGGAGGUUGCGUGUCCCUGCUUCCAGGGACGCUCUGGUGUCCCCAACACGCAGCAGUGCUGUCCCAGGGGAGUCGUGUCACCUGGAGACCAGCAAGACACUCGGAAUGGCUUUUUUCCCCCCCCUGGAUUCUUACCCUUGGUCAUCUUCCUCCUGCCGCCUUGUAUAUGAUACAUGAGAUUUCAUCCACACUAAUAGGUCUCUUAAAACCCUUUUAAUGAGGUCAUCUAAUUAAAAUAGCAUGACUGAACCCAGCUUGUCAUCACAAACAUUCAGUGACUGGGAGAGGUGGCGAGGAGAGCAAUGAGAGGGCAGGGCCACUCCUGCUCCAGCUGGGCCAGCACCAGUUUUCAGGCACUACAGGAGAUUUUUUUUAGCACCCUGGAGCCACAUCCUGAGGUUUUGCGUCUCGGUGUGAGCAGCAAAGGUGGAAGUGAGGUCUGGUUUUAGAGGUGAAGAGAGAACCUGCGACCCUUCUCCAUCCUGCAUUAACAUUCUCCUGGUGAGGACUGCACCUUAAGGCCUUCUGGAAAUCCUGGGCUGGAGAGAGGUUCUAGGUUGGGGGGGUUCAACCUGAGCUUUUGACCACUCCUGAGAGGAAGGGGUGGAGUGGGGGAAAUAACACUCUGACUUCCACCUUCUGCAGUGUUGGGAAAGAGACGCUGGAAUGGGAGAGAGAAAGAAAAGUCCCCUUAGGAAUUGAAGCAAUACAGAAAGAGUGGGGAGAGAGGCCAGGGUGUGGAAAGCAGAUUCUUCCCUCUGUAACACUGAUGGUUUCCUUAUUAAUUUAUAGGAUUAUUUUUUUUUUAAUGUAAAGAAUUGCACUGAACUCUGUAAAACAAAGAUGCUGCUUUUUGUAGCUCAUAUAUAAGAAAGAAAGGAAAAAAAAAAAAAAGGUUACAUUUGUAGUAUACUGCAAUAAUAUUUUUUACAGCCAGUUUUUUUUUUGGUGGUACUUGUUCUGGUGGCUUCUGUGUAAAUAUGUUUGCUGUAGGUGACAUCAGACACUUGGAAAGGUUCAACUUUCUAGUUCCAGCUAGAUGCAGAACGACUAAGCAUGUAUAUUUUACCAAGCUCAUGUAUUUUUGAAGUUUUUAUGUACUAUAAAAUGUAAAAAAAAAAAAAAGAAAAAAAAAGAAAUAAAUAAUAAAAUAAUCUUCAUUUAGCAUUUUGCAGAAGAAAAACAAGAGGUGAGAGGCGUGUGGAGGUGGGUCAGUCGCCGUGGGAGGUGGUGGGUGCCAGGGCUGUUCCCUGGCUUUGCUGAGCAGCUGCUUUAGGAAUUGACACUGGAGGUGGUCUCGGGAGUGUCAGGAAUUUGGGUUCUCUCCCAGAGUAUCAAAUGCCCCUUUUUUACAAUUUUUUUUUUUUUUGGUCUUUUUCCCUGUUUUCCCCUGGGUCUGGAGCGGUGCCCGGCAGGUGCCAGCCCAGCUGUGCCUCAGUGCAGCCCCCUGGGGAGGGAGGAGCCUUGGACCCCUGCCCCUUUGCCACCUUCCCUGCAGGGAGAGGUUCAGGACUAGUCCCUUGAGGCUGUGAUGUUCCAGAAGGGAUUUCUCUCUUCCCAGCACUACCUGCUGCCUCAGCUAGCAGCCUGGGAGGCUUCUUCAUCCACCAGCUCUUCCCAGGGCACUGGGACAAGUCCCUGCUGCCCCCGCUGACCUGGCUAUUCCAGGUUGGGGGCUUCUGCUGACCUGGCUAUUCCAGGUUGGGAUCCUCCUCAUGUUCAGGAGCACCUGAGGGUGCUUUGUAGGACAGGAGCAGGCAGCAAGGGGACACGAGACACAUGCCAGCUCCCUGAUGUCCCUGUCCCCUCCUAGGAGGGGCAGGACUUGAAAGAAUCGAAACCUCUGAGCUUCCUCACUCUUACAAAGGAGAAACUUGGCAUUUGAGCAGGUCAGACUGAAACAACAACGGGCAACAAAAAAGGGACUCAAUUUCUCUGUACAUAAUUAACAAAUGCAGUAUUAAUGUCUCAGUGCUGAGCUUCAUUAGCUUCUAGCUCCCAUCCACAUCUUCUGGCACCCGUCACGCUGCAGUCAGGGCUUGGUUGGGGUUGUUGGGGUUUUUUUGACUUCCAGAAUAAUGCUAAAAAUAAUUAACCUGUCAUUACUUAACAAGCAUAAACAGACUGUAUUUAACUUUGUCACAUAAGAUAUAUAUAUAUAAAUAUAUAUAUAUGCUGUAAAGUGAGGGGGGGGGGGAAAGAAAAACCUUUCUAAUAAACCAAUGAU